GCCCUGCUUCCUAUCCCUGCAGCCGCCAACACCAGCCGCUUUCCUCGGUCCUCCUGCCGCCACAGCUCCCCAUGGAGAAGGCUGAGGACGGGUCCCAGGGCUUCCUGCCGCCCUUCGAGCACUUCGCCACUCAGGCCAUCCACGUUGGGCAGGAGCCGGAGCAAUGGACCUCCAUGGCCGUGGUGCCCCCCAUUUCUCUCUCCACCACCUUCAAGCAGCAGGCGCCCGGCCAGCACUGCGGUUUCGAAUAUAGCCGUAGUGGAAAUCCUACUCGGAAUUGCCUGGAAAAGGCUGUAGCAGCACUGGAUGGAGCCAAGUACUGUUUAGCUUAUGCUUCAGGCUUAGCGGCUACUGUGAAUAUUGCACAUUUGUUAAAGGUGGGAGACACUGUUAUCUGUAUGGAUGAUGUUUAUGGAGGUACAAACAGAUAUUUCAGGAAGGUAGCCUCCAAAAUGGGUCUGAAGAUUACUUUUGUUGACUGUAGCAAAUUGGAAUGCCUGGAGGCUGCAAUCACACCAGAUACAAAGCUUGUUUGGCUUGAAACUCCCACAAAUCCCACCCUGAAGAUAAUUGAUAUUCAAGGCUGUGCAGAUGUCAUCCAUAAACAUAAAGACAUUAUUUUAGUAGUAGACAACACUUUUAUGUCAGCAUAUUUCCAGCGACCUUUGUCUCUUGGGGCAGAUAUUUGUAUGUAUUCAGCAACCAAAUACAUGAAUGGUCACAGUGAUGUUGUAAUGGGAUUGGUUUCACUAAAUGGUGAUGAUCUCUAUGAAAGGCUCAAAUUCUUACAAAAUGCCCUUGGAGCAGUUCCAUCUCCUUUUGACUGUUACCUUUGCAAUCGGGGUUUAAAGACACUGCAGAUCCGGAUGAAGCAGCAUUUCCACAAUGCACUGGCUGUUGCUCAGUACCUUGAAUCAAAUCCCCGGGUAGAAAAAGUCAUUUAUCCUGGACUGCCCUCGCAUCCUCAGCAUAAGCUAAUGAAGCGUCAGUCCACUGGCUGUCCUGGGAUGGUCACCUUUUACAUUAAAGGAAACCUUGAACAUGCUGAAAUCUUUCUCAAGAAUUUAAAGCUUUUUGCGCUGGCUGAGAGUCUGGGAGGAUAUGAAAGCCUAGCAGAACAUCCGGCCAUUAUGACUCACGCUUCAGUUCCUGAAGAAGAGAGAGAGGUUCUUGGGAUCAGUGAUACUUUGAUUCGCCUGUCAGUUGGUUUGGAGGAUGCACAAGAUAUACUGGACGAUGUGGAGCAAGCUUUGAAAGUAGCAUUGAAGUCAUGGUGUCUUGGGAGUCUCUGGGCUCCUCAGGCAGCGACUGCAAUCUCUCUGGGGUGUCCACAAGUACCUGGGCCCCUGCAUCUCCUGUGAUCUGGAAUCCUGGCUACUCCUCAGUGUAAUUCAAGUGCUCCUGAUGCAGCCACAUUGAUCUCUUGCAGUUCUUCCGAUCUUUCCCUUGUAUUGGGAUAGUUUGCUGUUGUGACUUUAACUUGUCUCUUUGAGAAACUGCCAGUUCUCCUGAACUCCCUUUUUCCCCUUAGAUCUCUUCUCCCCAGAAAACUUACCUACUAAUUCUCAGGGGGGGUUUUUUGUUUGUUCUGUUUUUAAAAACAAACACCACACACCAUUAAUUUUAUUCUGCUGCUCUCACCCCUUUGUUUACCCAAGUUGCAUUCCAUCUUCAGUUUCACAGCUAAUUGUUCUGUUAGUCAAAAGCCAGUCUUAUCUGGCUACCACUCCUUAUUUCAGACAGUGGAGGAAAUAAUAAGUUGUCCCUAACACACUCCAAGAUAAUAUUGGAAUUUUUUGCAUUUUACAGUAGUACUUUUCCAACAGAUGUCUGGGUCCUCCAUUAGAACCAGGUCUUGUGUUUUGGAUUUUUUGAUCUAGAAAUGCCUCGUUCACCUCCUCUUCCUGAUUUGGUAGUCCAUAGUACCAUGGUAUUGGCCUUCCACGCCCACCCUCGCUUUAUCUUUACUCAGACUUUAAACUGGUCCACCUCCUUCUGAGCCUCAGAACAUUCAUAUAUUCUGGAGGAUGCCUGUCUCCUCCUGUCUGUUGUGGGCAGAGGAGUGGAAGGAGACAGAUGUGCUCCUAACUGAGCCUGUGGACUCAGGCCCCCAUUCAGCAAAUAAUUGAAACUUGUUGUCACUAGGUGGCUGGCCCUUUUAAGGGGAGAUGAGCCAGCCGCGCUGCACCAUAAUUAAUUAGCUGCUUCUCAGCCUGAGGAAGUGUAACUAUGGGUAUCAUGAUAGUUUAAUGGACAACUGGGCCUCGUAAAAGAGCAGAGUGUAGUCAGUCUGGGGGGUGGAGCCACAGGGAGGUGCUUGUGGAAGACCUUGAGCCUGGUCUUUGGAGCCAGCCAAUGGAGAAGUUACUUGCCUCAAUACAGCAAGUCACUGGCAAAACAAGGACUAGACCCAUGCACUGUCUUGCAUCUCUGCUCCCCACCCACAGCACCAUGCUAUUGGUGUAGUAAAAAGUGCAUAAAAACAACCAAGAAACUUGGGGUAGAGAGAGGAUCACUUUUCCAUGUGUGCAACAUGACAUGGUUUGAUGACAUAUGAACUCUGCAAUAAUUGUGACAGAUUUAAAAUAGCAUGAAUUACUGCACUCUACAACUGAAAAUAUUCUCUGUAAAACAUAUGCUAUAGUUGCAGAUUUGAGAAACUAGCCAGAAUUGAAGUUUUCUGAGCACUUUUUGCAGCAGGCACGUAGCCAAACUUAUCUGCAAAGGCCUUCUAGGAGCAUGAAUAUAUCUAUUGCUAAUAUAUGGCCAGCUUCUCUUUGUGCUAAAAUAAAGAGCUCUGCAAUACUAGAGAACACUACAAUAUAAUUAUAUCAUGCUUGUCUUCUGUUACUGCAGGUCCCAGAGCAUAUGGUUCGCAACUAGGAAUCUAAGACCUGAAAUUGAAAGCUGAUCACUACACAGCUAAGACAC